AUGAGUGAUCUGGCAAAUGUUUAUCAGCUGUUUCGGAACAAGUUUGAGGAAAAUGACUUCCAGUAUUACUGUCCACCAUCGUAUAUACACUCGCUAACGCAAAACAGUGAUAAGAUUAUUUUCGCAUUUCGGAAGAAUCAAAACUUUACGGCAGAUACGAACUGGACUGGCUUAAAGACUUCGCCGAAAAGUAAUACAUCAAAAAACCUAGACCUUACUGGGUCUCCGUUGAAGGACAUUAGCUAUGAAGAGUACGACUCGAUGAAUUUUUCAAAAGAAUACGAUGCAAAUACGGUGCAGAAUCUUUGGAAACCCGAGGAGGAAUCCUACGGACCACUGGUAAUUGAAAAGGCUCGCUCACUUCUGCAAAACUUUAUCAAUCUCGAUUGUCGAAUCGGGCGUGGCAGCAUCUGGACGCUCUGCGACGGUACCGACACCGACCAGACGGUGCUUCUUCAGCUGUCGAUCAAUUCAGCAUCGAACGAUCAGCGUCAGUUUACGCGUGGUGUUGUACGCUUUACUGGUUUGCAAGCGAGCAAUAGCAUUUCUUUGGCCCAGCUCAUCGGUAUCCAUCGGCAGCGUGCCGGCGAUGGGAUGAAGUUCAACCCGAAGAUUCAAGUCCAGCAAUGGUGCAAACUGUGCCCACAGAUUACGGUUCGCUUAAGCUGGCACACAAUGGGCGAAUGUGCCACCUUUAGUGUUGAGCGUAAUGCGCGCGUUCGGCUGAGCCAGGAGUUUACGAUCAAUAAUGGUGCGUUUAGUCGUAGUUCCAUGGCGGAGUACUUCUGGCAGCAACUGCAACGGUUAGCGUUGAUGAGGGAAAAAAUUAUGGACAUUCGUGCCAACCGUGAGUCUGGCUAUGCACGUAACGAUUUCAUUGGAGAAGGCGAAAUGGAUCUGGAGUACGUGAAGCAAAAGGUGAACAAUAUUCUGUCAUCUUUUUUGGCGGUAGAGCCAACCGAUUUUAAACCAUCCUCUAUAGCUGACAUGAUACAGCAAGUGCAGAAACACGAUCCUACGGACGUGAUGGAACGGUUGUACGAUGCCUUAACACUAUGCACAAACUAUGACGAUCUUAGGGCAGCUAUUGAUUAUAUCUUUCAUCUGUCGACGCAUUCUAACAUUGUGAACGUUCCAACAAAUGGGUCCCGGUUUGCGCAGCUCAUUCUAGCAAUGAUUCAGGACCGUCUUGCCAUUCCAUCGUUGACCGGAUCGGAACCGUACGAGCUGCUACUGGAGUGUGGCCUCAACAAGCUUAUGAACGACUAUCGGACGAUCUUUAGCGAGAGUGGCGUGUACGAGCUGGAGUUUGAGAAACUGUUUCAGCCACAGGUUAGCAACCCACGCAAAUCUCGGUACGCGACCGGAUCGGGACCACAGCACGAUCUGCACCAUCAUACCACCAAACACAGCGCACUCAUGUUUCAAGCUACCGCCGAAGAUCGUGGCCGCGAAAAAUCGAUCCUGGUGAGCAACUUCGACGAGGAUGAAGUAAAGAUCCGUAUUAACCGUCUGGCACAGGUGCAUCUACUGUUGGAGCAUUUGCUACUGCUCGAAGAUGCCGUAAGCAUUCCGUCCAUUUACGGGCGUGUUUGUGAGCUGUACCUUAGCCAGCAGCCGUACAGCUACGGUGAGGUGUACAACCGCAAAACCGAUCUGCUCGAGUUCGAUAUGGAUGAGUUUAUGUUGCUGCGCAAAGUGGAACAGCUGCAACCGUGCGCAAGGCGGGUGACAAUGUCGUCGGGCAAUUUGUUGCAGAAACUGGAUACCGUUUUCUAUCAGAACGUUAAACCGCUGUUGCCGGAGCGGCUUUAUCCACAGUUCGAUAGUAAGGAGAUUGACAAUAAGCACGUGUUCUGUUGCUACGAGUAUGAUCGAAUUGAGCGUCUAUGA